CCCGCGUCCAGAUUGUGGCGAUAUCGGGGUAGCAUUAUCCCCCCAGCCUUCUUUAAAAGCAGAUCACUUCACCCUGGGAAUCUGCCACAUAUCUUUAUCGCUUAAACUGAUCCUCUCCCGACCAACCACAUCAUGUCCAAAGUCGCAUCCACGUUCUCGCGCCUUGUGCGCUUCAUCCCGAAGUCGAACCCCUCCAAGGUUCUGAUCGGCGAACCUGUUGACGCGUCUGUCGAUGUGGGAUUGGCAGUAUACCAGGGCAAGGAGGUUUCUGUGCGGCCCUUCUCGGGGACCUCUGUCCUCAACCCUGGCCAGAAGACCGAAUUAGUUGAGACCGUCGAGCGCAUCCUGUCCCCCCUGGCGCAGAGCGAAGUUGGAUCGAUUCGAUGCAUUGGUCUGAACUAUGUUUCGCAUGCCGCCGAGAUGAAGCUUGCCAUCCCUGACGUCCCGACUCUAUUUAUGAAGCCGUCGACCGCCCUCUCAGACCCCUGGCCGGCCCCGACCAUUCUGCCCAAGAUCACGCAGGUCGACGAUACGGGUGACUACGAGUCGGAGAUGGUUAUCGUGAUUGGCCGUGACGCGAAAGAUGUCAGCGAGGCGGACGCGUUGGACUAUGUGCUCGGAUACACGGCUGCCAACGAUGUCUCUAGCCGGACCUACCAGAUGAACCAGAGCCAGUGGUGCUUCUCUAAGGGAUUCGAUACCUCUUGCCCGAUUGGUCCCGUUCUUGUCUCAGCUGCCCAGUUCCCCGAUGCUAGCAAGUUCCAUAUCCGCGGAGCAAAGAAUGGACGGGUCAUGCAGGACUGCCCUCUGACCGACCUUAUAUUUAGCGUGCCUCAGCUUGUCAGCUUCCUGUCUCAGGGAACUACCCUCCCUGCUGGAACUAUUAUCCUGACGGGUACUCCCCCGGGAGUUGGCGCUGCGAAGAAUCCCAAGGAGUUCUUGAAGGCGGGCGAUGAGUUCUCUGUCGAGUUGCAGCCCCACAUCGGAACGCUUAUCACGAAGGUGGAGAACCAGGCAUAAACACCAGAGCGUUGGGAUUGGAGUCUAUAGUUGCGACCAGGUUACUGUACAUGAGGCAAGAAUAGUAGUAUAGAGACAGACAUAUAUACUAUACAGGAUACAAAAGAA